UGACGUCAUCAUGGCUUGCGCAGCGCGCGGGGUCGGGAGUUGGCAGAUGGCCCUGGACGGUGGGUGGAGGCCUGGGACCGUAGACUAGGCAUCUGAGGGCGCAGGGAUGCCUUCGUCGCAGCCGGUCUGUCAGCUCCUGGAACUAUGUCUUUGGUGCCUAGUAGUCAAUAUGUCCAGAUAUAUCUCGGACAUUAAGUAUCUGCCUUCCAACAUCAAAGAUAGACUGAUUAAAAUAAUGAGCCUGCGGGGCCGGAUUACAGAUUUCAAUAUAAGUGAGGUUCUACAUCCUGAAGUCCAAAGACUAGAUCUGCGGAGCUGUAAUGUCUCAGACACUGCUCUCCAGUACCUGUGUAACUGCAAAAAACUAAAGGCACUAAAUUUAAGCUCCUCAAGAGAAAAUAGAGAUUGCAUAACUUCAGACGGAAUAAAAGUUGUGGCUUCAUCCUGUUCAGACCUUCACGAAGUUUCUUUGAAAGGAUGUGGCCGUGUCUCUGACGAGGGUGUCCUUGCUCUUGCACUCAAUUGCCGGCUGCUGAAGAUCAUUGAUUUGGGUGGCUGCUUAAGUAUUACUGAUGUGUCCUUACACGCCUUGGGGAAAAACUGCCCAUUUUUGCAGUGUGUUGACUUCUCAGCUACACAGGUAUCUGACAAUGGUGUGGUUGGACUUGUUAGUGGACCGUGUGCCAAAAAAUUAGAGGAGAUUAAUAUGGGAUAUUGUGGAAAUCUGACUGAUGAUGCUAUAGAAGCUGUCCUCACUGCCUGUCCUCAGAUAAGUAUACUGCUCUUCCAUGGAUGCCCCCUAAUAACAGAUCGUUCACGAGAAGUCUUGGAGCAAUUAGUAGGAUCAAGAAAACUAAAGCAAGUGACAUGGACUGUUUAUUGAUGUUUACCAAAGUCUAUCAAAGUUAUAAAAGCUUACCCAGGAGCAUUUCCUUCUCCUAUGAAGGUUUUAAGCUGUUAUAUGAGGUAUUACUAAUCGAAGUCUAAAUAAACAUGUAUUAAAAGCAUAA